CCGCUGCCACGGAGCUGCAGGAGGGAGCGUCAACACACCAGCGGAGCCGAUUCCUGCUUCCACCACCGGCACCAGCUCACAAAUCCUCCCGCAACCACCGCUGUCAAUUCUCAUUCAGAUCCACCUCGGGAGACGGAGAUGUCCCAGCAGGCAGCGAACGGGGGUUCGCCCCGGGGCCGGGUGCUCACCCUGGAGAACAUGAACCCCAACGUGAAGCGGGUGGAGUACGCGGUCCGGGGCGCCAUCGUCCAGAGAGCGGUGCAAUUAGAGAAGGAGCUGAAAGAGGGAGUCAAGAAACCGUUCACAGAAGUCAUCAAGGCAAACAUAGGCGACGCCCACGCCAUGGGUCAGAAACCAAUCACAUUCUUCCGACAGGUCUUGGCGUUGUGUUCUUACCCCGCACUUCUGGAAGACGACAAGUUUCCGUCAGACGCCAAGCAGAGAGCGCGGCGUAUUCUCGGGGCCUGCGGCGGCCAGAGUAUAGGGGCGUACAGUGCCAGCCAGGGGAUUGAGUGCAUCCGGCAGGAUGUGGCACGCUACAUAGAGAGGAGAGACGGUGGAAUCCCCUCCAACCCGGACAACAUCUACCUCUCCACCGGGGCCAGUGAUGCCAUCGUGACCAUGCUGAAGUUGCUGGUGUGUGGUGAGGGCCGCGACCGUACGGGGGUGAUGAUCUCCAUCCCUCAGUACCCUCUGUACUCGGCCGCCCUCGCCGACCUGGCUGCCGUGCAGAUCAAUUACUACCUGGAUGAGGAGAAGUGUUGGGGUUUGGACGUUGCAGAGCUCAGGAGGUCGCUGACCGAAGCCAGAAAGCACUGCAACCCCCGGGUCCUGUGCAUCAUCAACCCUGGAAACCCCACCGGUCAGGUCCAGAGCAGGCAGUGCAUCGAAGACGUGAUCCGAUUCGCUAAAGAGGAGCAUCUCUUCCUCAUGGCUGAUGAAGUCUACCAGGAUAAUGUGUAUGCAGAGGGCUGUAAAUUUCACUCCUUCAAGAAGGUGCUGUUUGAGAUGGGACCAGAAUACUCGAGCACAGUGGAGAUGGCCUCUUUCCACUCCACCUCCAAAUGCUACAUGGGAGAAUGUGGAUUCCGUGGAGGUUACAUGGAGGUGAUCAACAUGGACCCUGAGGUGAAGGCCCAACUCAUAAAACUGGUGUCGGUGCGUCUGUGCCCCCCCAUCCCCGGACAGGCUCUGCUAGACCUGGUGGUCAACCCCCCGCAGCCCGACGAGCCGUCCUACACCCUGUUUAUGAAGGAGCGGACGGCGGUGCUGGCGGCGUUGGCAGAGAAGGCCAGGCUCACAGAGCAGAUCUUCAACACAGUGCCGGGCUUCACGUGUAAUCCGGUCCAGGGGGCCAUGUACACCUUCCCCCGCCUCAAUCUAUCUCAGAAGGCCAUCGACAAGGCCAAGGAAGAAGGCCAGAUCCCGGACAUGUUCUACUGUAUGAGGCUUCUGGAGGAGGAGGGGAUCUGUCUGGUGCCCGGUAGCGGAUUUGGGCAGAGAGACGGAACCUAUCACUUCAGGAUGACCAUACUGCCGCCCACCGACAAGUUGAAAUUUGUGCUGGAGAAGAUCCGCGAAUUCCACCUGCGGUUCACGAAGGAGUUCUCAUAACGAUCCUCCAACCCGUUGCUGCAUCUCCAGAACAAACAAACAUCAGUCCCAGUAUCUUCAAGUGCCUUUGAGCCUAUUUCACAUCAGUGAAGAACCUUGAACAUUUCUUUCAGAGAGCGUGUGAAAAUGUGCUCUUAUGUACAUAAAGCAUAUAAAGAUUUUAAGUGCACAAUGAACUUACCCGGCCAAUUUUGUCAAGUUCCCAAGUUGUUUUUAGAUGGAUAAUAUAUAUCAGACAUCACCUGUGACAAGUGCAUCUCUCUCCUGCCAAGACUUUUUGUUUGUGUAAAGGCUCAUUUAUUCUCAACGUUAAACAUACUCUGCAUUGAUUUUGUCUGAAUUUGUGCACGUCCUCUGGGACGACACCAGGCAGAAAUUUGAACUGAGAAUUUAUCAGACACAUGUGGGAGUAUAUUGAAUCGCCUCACUGACUACAGCAGUUAAAAACGAUGCUGAUGCCUCCUUCUCAUGAGGUUCAUUAAUCACCAUCUUCUCCACCUUCACCAUGUUUGUUUGUCAGAAACCCAACUGUGUGCUGCCCUCUAGUGGAUAUAUUGCUUAACAACUGUGCCAACAUGAGGGACUCAUGGAACUAGAGUCGAUGAUGCAGCGAUUGUAAAGAUGCGUCGGUUUUCGAGCAUAGAGGCAGAAUAAAUGAGCCUUUAGGUGAUUACUUGAUUGACCUUGCUGUCUGUGAAUUAGAGUGAGUGAGAAUGAGUCCUGCCAGUGAAAUCCUUAAUCGUCUCAGAAUGUAGUUGUUUCUUUUACUAAUUGUUCUAAAAUGACAUUAAAACACAUGAAAUUUAAAA